AUGUCUGAAGACAAAAUCGAAAAAAUCGAAACAAUGCUUGAAGAACUUGAUGUAGACUUCUUUGAAUUUAUACAACUAAAAAAAAGAAUUAAACUUUCUAAAGACAUUUUUGAUGAGAAGUCUAUACCUCCUUAUUCCUCAUUAUUAACGGUUUCUAAUUUAUAUGGUUAUUUUAUGGCGGGAACAUCCAAAGGCUUUAUUUACGCGCUUACAAAAGAUUUACGCAAUGCCUUUUAUUCUUCUGACGCAGAAUCGGAUAAGCCAUUUGAGCAAGGGAUUCACGUUAAUAUAACUGAAGGACGCGUUCAUUUAUUAAGGUUGACCUCGGAUCAACUCACUUUAAUUGUGGGUGUUGAAGGUGGUCAAAUAUUAUAUUAUGAUGUUACCAAAUUUUCAACUGAGUCCUCUAAAAUUCAACCAUAUCAAACUAUGAAAUUUUCGGACAAUGUCGUGGAUAUUCGACCUAAUCCUGGAGAAGAUAAUAAAAUUAUCGCAUUUUUGCUUGUGACUGGUACCGUGCAUAUCAAAGAUCUUAUAUCUGACGCUGAAAUUGGUUCCGUGAAAAAUUCUAAACUUGGCGAGCAAGUUACAGCUAUAUGUUGGUCACCAAAAGGAAAGCAAUUGACUUGUGGUAGUCAAUCUGGAAGGCUUGUACAAUUUACGCCUGAUGGAAUUGCUAAAUCAUCUUAUCAAGCACCACCAGGAAUUCAAGAAUCUACUUAUUAUGUCAGAAAUGUUCUCUGGCUAGAAAAUACCAUAUUUAUAGUAACUUAUUUUCCAAUCGUUCAGGAUGAUGACUCUGAACACAUAGUUUAUUUGAUAUCAAAUGAGAAUAAAUUAAAGACAGUUUAUAAUCAGAUUCCAAAUAUUUGUUAUCCAAGUCCUCGUAAUAAGGGUUCAUAUAUGUUUAUGGAAUCUAUGAAGGAUUGGGACUCGGAUUUGAAAAGCAUGGUCAUUUGUGCUAGUACAAAUUCUUCUGAUACAAAUUUAAUUGCUCGUAGCGAUUCAGACGCAUGGUCUAAUUGGAAUCUUUCAGAAACAGCUCGUGCGAUUCUUCCACUUUCAUCACAUCAUGAAGAUGAAACACUACCAAUCGGAAUGGCGCUUGAUCUAACUUCGACAGAAUCUUGGGUUAUAAAAUUAACAGGAGAUGAAGAUAGUCAAAUACCACCAGUCCCUAUACUUUUAAUCUUUAAUGACGAAAGUGAAAUACUAGCAUUUCGUUGUUUACAAAAAAAUGCAUAUUUAGCUGGAAAAAGUUAUCCCGGAAUGACAAUCCCAAUACCCAUUCCUUCUAUUGGACCUUCAAGUGGAAAAAUAUUACUUAAACCGAGCUAUGAACCCGCUAUUUAUGAAAGCAAACCUGGUCCGAGCAAUAAAAUAUCUGUUCCUGUUAGUACAUCUACUACUGCAAAUAUUUCGAGAGAUAAAAUUUCGGUCGGUCUUGCUAAUAAUUUUCAAGCAGCAAGGAAUAAUGCAACAAAUACAAUUGUCAAAGAUAAUGCUCAAAAUGCGACAUCGAUCAAGCAAACAAGUGCUAUUAGACCUGAUCUUAAUAAAGAAAGAUCCCCACAUAUAAUACGACUUGAUGCAACAAAGAAAAGUGUACUUGAAAUUCAAUAUUUAAUAAAAGAUAUUGAGGAAAAUUACUUAAUUAAAUAUCAAGAACAGACAAGUGCAGAUAGUCUUGAAAAUCCUAAUGAUUGGUCAAUUGGAGAUUUGCCAGUAAUAAUAUCAGAGACGAAACGUUUGGAAGGAGAAACUAAAAAUAUCAUCGAUUCUCUUAGUUUUUUGAAACUGGAGACUACCAAUUUAAAACUUAAUUUUGUAAAAGAGGAUGCCAUGACAAAGCAGGAGAUUGGGUUGUUAGUAUCGCCGCAAAAAGUUACGCCAACUCAUCGUGGAACAAUACAGUCAAGAAUUACUGAGAAGUACGAAAAAGCUUUUCAGGACGUUAAAAAUAACGCGGAUGAAUUAGAGAAACAGUUGGACGAGUUACAUGAGCAAAUUAAAGAUCAUAAGGCAAAUAAAUAUACAGGAUCAACUCCUUUGGAUUAUAUAGAUCGUUCAGUUCAAAAUAUUAGCAAAGGAUUAUAUAGUAACGCGUCUCAGAUCGAACAAUUAAAUAAUCAAUUGAAUUUGAUUUCCGAACAACUUGCAUCUAUUAGCUUUAAUGAAGAUGCUGACAUUUUCGUAUCUCAGAAAAUCGAACAUGACACUAGGAAAAACACAAUACCUGUAAAAUGCUCGGAUGAAAAUGAAGAAAAAACUACUAAAUUAAUGAAUAAAGAAUGGAAAUUAUCUAAAUUUCUAAAAGUAAACGACAAGAGACAAGUGCCAUACGUGACAAACCUUUAUAGUGAUCUUGAACCUAAUGAACCAAUGCCUAAGGUUAUCUCCCCAAGAAAGAGUCAAAGUCCAUUUAAGACUCGUGAUUCAACACAGAUAAGCUCAGAGAAGCUUAAGGAACCACUUAAACCGAUCGAUAGAAACACCAUGAGAUAUAGUAGUUCACUUAGAAAUAAUCUUACUUUCGGUGAAGAAAGUGAUUAUUAUAAUGAAUUAGACACUCCGAUAAAAAGGAAUACAUAUUCCGAGUUUAAUCUUCCUAUAAAUGAAGAUACUAAUGAUCUUUCUCCAAGAAAUAAACCACCAAUUUCGGAAAUUAGAGAAAUGAGAUUACGUUAUUUUGAAAAAGAAAACGAUAUUACAGAGAAUGUAGAGAAUGUGUAUUCGGAUAACACUUCAGAAUCCGAAGAUGAUGAAAAUUAUCAGGCAGAAGAUAGAUCCAAUUUGUAUUUAAGUGAUUUAGAUUCCGAAAAUUCGUAUUCUCCAACACAUACAUCUUUAAGAGAAACAAAAGUGAGGUUUCAAGAGCCUUAUGAAACAAGGAUCUAUGAUGUCGCUGAUGAAAACACUGAAGAUUCCAUACAGAAAAGGUUUGAAAACAUUGUCGGUUCCGACGUUUCAAGAUUAUCUAAAAUCUCCAAUAGUCCAACUUAUAUAUCAUCACCGGAGACAGAUGAACCAAAAGACAUAACAUCAAGUAAUAAGGAUG